AUGGCCACCCCUAUCGAUAAAUCCAAGCCCUACUUCCCCCUAGCUGGCCUCGCUAAUGACGGCUGGUCCAAGGAAGACGAAGCAACAGCAACAUGCUUCUGUGGUGCAGUACAGCUUGCAUUUCCGACACAGGGUCCUGGUUACGUCGGCACAUUUGUAUGCAAUUGCAGUGACUGUCGUAAAAUAACAGCAUCUAUGUUCGCGACAAACUUCACCAUUCGGGAUACACACUUGAAGCAUCUUCGUGGGCGUGACAAUCUUACGAAAUUCGGCCCCCAAGCGCAUACUAUCGCUUCAGGCAAAGGCAUGGCUAACUACUUUUGCUCGACAUGCGGUACGCUUAUGUACCGCGUCGGAGAGGCCUUCCCAGGCAUGAGCAUCUUGCGCCUAGGCACUAUCGAUGAUUUUCACUUACACGAGACCAAGAUGCGACCCACGGUAGAAUAUUUUGUUGAGAACCGCGUGGGAUGGCUUAAGGGUGUUGAAGGAAUCAAACAGAUUAAGAGCCUUCCAUCCCUUUAA